AUGCGACUGGGUAAUAGACGAGCGCCCAGCCGGUGUCGACUUGGUGCCCCAAAAUUACCCAUUUCAGUGGGUUUUCUUUCCCCGCUGAUUAUCCCGGAGGCCCUCAGCAAGGGGCCGCCCGUUCGCGUACCGGCCGCGGUGAUACACUCGUCCGUAGACGAACGCACCCCCGGGGGAACCGGGCAAACUCUGCUUUCCCCGUCGAUUCUCCGAGAAGGCCUCGACCCGGCGCCACCAGUCCGCGUGCCGGCUGCGGCGGUGCCCUCGUCCGUAGACGAAACGCACCGCCGGGGAACCGGGGCAAACCGGCGUCUCCGGGCCGCGGCGAGAGCGUCCGCGGUCAACGGGUCUGCUUUCCCCGCUGAUUCUCCAAGAGGGCCUCGGCGGGGGACCGACCGUCCGUUUACCCGCCGCGGUGAUGCAUUCGUCCGUAGACCAACGCAUCCCCGGAGAAAGAAGCGAUAG